AUGAUUUGGAAUGAUGAUGUAUACAUAGAAUAUGAGAACGCAAAAAAGUGUCACAUUUGUAAUAAAGUUUUCGAGAAUGAUGAUGAUCAAAAAGUCAGAGAUCAUAACCAUAUUACAAGAGAAUACAGAGGAGCAGCUUGUAAUUUAAAUUUACCAUUACCAAAAUUUAUAUCAAUUGAAAUUCACAACCUUAGAUAUGAUUCAAUGAUAUUUUUAAGAUGGAUUCUUGAAUUAAGUGAAAACUAUUCAGACAUUAAUAUAAUUCCAAACUCCAAAGAAAACUACAUCACGUUCUCAAAGAAAGUAAUUUUUGAUAAAUAUGAACAACCCUAUGAUUAUUAUCGAUGUAAUAAAUGCAAUAAAAAACCAAUAUACAACAAAAUUAUCGAAAAAUGUGGUACAUGUGGAAAUAAAAUGGUUCUCAAACGGAAAGGGGAAAUUCAAAAUGUAAGAGUGGAAUUUAAAUUUAUAGACACAUUUAGUACAAGUCUUGACAAAGCAGUGAACAAGUUAACUGAUGUCAAUAAUUGUUAUUAUGUUAAAUGUAAUUCUAAACAAGAAAUAAUAAAUGCUAAAUUUCUACCCAUUAAUGAAAAUAAUGUUUUAAAAUUAAUCGCUAACUGUAAAAAAUGUGAUAGUAAAGUAAGCAAACCUGUUGAAUACACUAAAUUCAAAAAUAUUAUGACAGAAUUUAAUAAGGAGGACCUCCAUAUGGUUUUAAGAAAAGGUGUUUAUUCAUACGAGUGGGUUGAUAAUUAUCAAAAAUUCUAUGAUGAACGAGACUGGUAUUCAACUUUAAAUGAUAACCUCAUAAAGAAUGCAGACCUUAACUUUACUAAAGAAGUUUAUAAUCAUUUUGAAUGUAAAAAUUUUGGUGAUUAUCAUAUUUAA